CGAUAUGCAACAAAAUCUCUUUUAGCACACGAGUUCGGAUCAAGGACCUUGUUAACUGAAUACAAAAACGAAAUAUUUAAGUUUACAACUAGUUUAUUUUGUUGCUGAUUGCAUUGUCUGCAAGUUUUCCUGCUCUGUAAUUAUUUCACUUAAAUGAAUUAUUCAAGUCAGACACAGUAUUAAUCUAAACGAAGCAUAUGCUUUGUUCGCAAAAUCUAAGUUAAUAAUUAAUUAACUGCACGUUAAACUUAAUUAAAUGUUGUAGAAAGGGAAUGAAUGGGAAACAGAAUAAACUUAAUUCAGGCUAACAAAAACGUGAAGAAUGCUUUUAUAAAAAGCUUGUUUUAGUAAGUGUUUGAGUUCGGAGCACGAAACAUCGUUUAAUUGUUGUGAGAUUUAGUUGCACAUAGAGUGGAGAGUUUACUUCGAGCAGGAACUGUAGAAGAGAAGCAAGGGAUAUUUCUUUGAAGAAACAAAAGAUUGAAGAGAUAAAACUCUAAAGAAAUGGCGCAAGUGAUUGUAUUUGGAAUUAUUUGUGAAAAGAAAACAGAUGUUUCUCUUCUCUACGCUACACACAAUGUUUCCAUCAACGGAUUUACUGCACACGUCAACAUCGAGGCUGAAUAUAUAAAUGAAAGCCAACACAACACAGAAGCUAAGUUUGUUUUCCCCGUGGAAGAGGACAGUGCCGUAUAUAGAUUCGAAGCUAAAAUUGGUGAUGUCCAUUUAAUUGCCAAAUCUAAAGACAAAGAUGUCGCCCAGAAAGAGUACAAAGAAGCUGUAGAAAAGGGGAUGUCGGCCAUUUUGUUGCGGGAGACAAGCACGUCUGGAGAUAUCUUUGAGUAUAAUUUGGGUAAUAUUCCACCGAAGCAAAAGAUCUCUUUACAAAUAUGCCUUGUUUCUGAGCUUUCCUGUGAAGCUGAUGGAGCAGUGAAGUUCUAUAUGCCGUUUGUUCUUAAUCCCAGAUAUGGUAUUAUUCCUAAAGACGAACGUUAUCAAAAUGCACCAAAACCAAGAGAGUUUAGUUUUAACGCCACCAUCAAAUGGAAAUCACAAAUCAAAGACGUAAAGUCUGAACAUCCAAUUAAGAUGGAAUAUCAGGAAAAUAAGUGUCAUGCUACUGUGAGAUUGACGGAGAAGUUAAAUUUCGAGAGAGACAUUCUUUUCCUUGUGUACUAUGAAGACGUAGAGAAACCACAAGUGAUUAUGGAGAAAGGUGAUGGAAAUGCUAGAGAAAUGCUUUCUAAAGAUAUUAUGAUGAUAAAUUUAUUUCCUAAACUUCCCCAAGUGAAAGCUCUUCCACGUAAUGACUACAUUUUUAUCAUUGACCACUCAGGAAGCAUGAGUGGAGAGAAAAUGGAAGCAGCAAAAGAUACUUUGUUGCUUUUCCUGAAAAGUCUACCGUUGGGUUGUUCAUUUAACCUUGUAGCCUUUAAUAAUUACUUAGAAGUCUUGUUCAAGGAUGGAAGCAGAGAAUACAAUGAAGAUUCUCUAAAUGAAGCAUUGAAAUUCCAUAACAAUCUUUAUGCAGCUGGUGGAACUGAAAUGCUCAGUGCUAUUAAAUCACUCUCCGCUAAACAAUCUUCCCAUGGGUUUUAUCGCCAAGUAUUCCUGAUGACGGAUGGGGAAGUCUACAAUACGAACGAAAUAAUUCAAUCGGUUAAGUCACAAGCUUAUAACACUCGAUAUUUCACGAUUGGUAUAGGUUCUGGAGCUUCUACAGAAUUGGUUAAAGGUAUCGCCCGUGCGGGAAGAGGUCAAGCAGAGUUUGUGAUGACAAAUGACAACCUUAAGGCAAAAGUUAUGCGUUUAUUGAAAUUGUCAAUGCAACCAUUUGUAUCUUCAGUUCGUAUAUCCGCUAAAGAUGCUGAAAGCAAUAAAGAAUUAUCCUACAUUACAGUUCCAGAAAAUAUACCGUGUAUUUUCACCGAAGAAUCACUAAUUAUUUAUCUAGUUUUUGAGAAAACUGAGUCGACUUGCCAGAGAGUUAGACUCAAUCUUUCUGGUAAAGUCGGCGAAUCGGAUUUUUCCCUUGACUUCGAAACAAAUGUGAUAAAGAACCAGUGUGAUGAAGAAAUGCAGAUACACCGUCUUUGUGUGAGAAGGAAAAUACAGGAACUGGAAUUAAAAGAGGAGUUGGGUCAAGGUGAUAAUACAAAAUCCGAGAUUAUUGAUUUGGCCACGCUUGCUAACUUGGUUUCAAGGUACACAAGUUUUAUCGGAGCGGAGAAAUCUUACAAAGUUAAUGUUACAGCUCGUGAGACCAUGUCAAAAACUUUUGAUGCGGAAAAAUUCCAAGAACCUAGUAAAAUUGAUAAAACAAAAUUCAAUUUCGAAAGUAAAGACAGACUUAAGUCAUUGCUUCUCCUACAAAACUUUUCUGGAUAUUGGGAACUAAAUGAGUUUUUAGCAACCGUUUUGAAAGAAUCACUCGAUCAUCUUAAACAGAGAAAACCAGCUGUAAACGAUAACCUCUGGGCUACAUCUCUUGCAGUUGUUUUCUUGACAGAAAAAUUAACUUCACAAAAGAGUGAAUGGGAUUUAAUUGUAGCUAAGGCUAUACGUUGGUUAAAGUUACAGGAUACACAAGUUAUUAGUCUUGACCAAAUAAUGACUGAAGCAUCACGCAUUUUGAAAACAAAAAUAUAUUCAUAAAUGAGGUUUCGUUAAACGUAAACUUCUAGCGGUUCUAAUUGCAUUUUUUACAAUCGCGGAAAAAAGUGUUUGAAUUUCCGAUACUCAAAACUUCAUCAUUUAAAAAAAAUUUAGUCAUCGACUCAGUAGCUUACCUGAAAAUAAUUGAAAGCUUGAAUCACAAAAAAAA